AUGAGAAUAACUUUAGGAACUCAAGAAUUUAUUUUAUCUUUGAUUCUAUGUAUUUUACUUGCUCUUGGAUCUGAGGUAUUAUCUUCCAGUUCUGAAGAUUCAGUUUUGGCUAUAACAGCAUCUUCUUUAGACCAACCAACCUAUGCUGUGACUGAACCACAUAAAGUAGUACCUAAACAGGAAAAUGUUAUAUAUUUAAUACCUAGAGGAUUUAUUAAAGAUGAAAAGGUAGUUUCGUUAGAUAAUUUAAAUGCAGAGGAAUAUGUUGUAGCAAGUCAAGCUCCUAAUAUAGAAUAUGUUGUAGCAAGUCAAACUCCUAAUAUAGAAUAUUUUGUAGCAAGUCAAACUCCUAACAUAGAAUAUGUUGAUACAAAUGAGACAGAUAAUGAGCCUAAAUACUCUUAUGAUAUUGUACAAUUAUAUCCUCAACAAUCUCCAGUAAUCUUGAGAUCUCCUGUUUCUCCUUCAAUAUAUCCAGGAAAUGUGAAUAAUAUCAUGCAAUUGACUGAUUAUCCUAUUAAUUUUAAUAAUAUGAUUGACUGCAAGUUUUAUCGGGAAAAUCCAGGAUUCUGUGUUCCAAUGUCCAUAUUUACACCUUGUUCACGUUGUAAAACAACUGUUAGAACUUUUAUUAGAGCAAAUUAUAAAAUACAUUGUCCAGGGUCAGAUUCUUUUCCUCCUCAGUUACGUCCAUAUUUUAUAUGGGUUCCAACAAGUUAUCGUAACCAAAGGAGAGAAAGGAAUUGGUGGAAUAGAAGAUGGAGACGUCAAUUUAUGUGUAUGGUUAUGGCUGUGUCAGAUAUACCUGAAGAUUUGACAAAUUUUUGGCAAUAUUCCCAAGUAUCACAAGAAAGUGGAGAUUUAUCUGUUCCAAUGUUACUAUCUCCAUUUACUGAACAAUUUGUAAAUUUCCCACUUCAAGGUGCAAGUAAUUCACAACUAUAUUAUCCUCAAAAUAGACAAACCCCUUUAUCUGCUGGAUAUCAAUCUCUACCAAAGUAUUAUUAUAAAUCUGACCAAGCCCCAAGUUAUGAAACUAUAACUACUAAUGCAGAUAAUACAAAUGAGGUGUAUUAUAUUAUAGCUAAUUAA